AGUUUUCAAAAGUAUGUAGGAAAAAAAAAAAAGUCUGCCAGAGGUUUGGCCUCAAACUGUGAAAACAGACACUGCCUUUUCAAACUCUUCUACCAGAUCCACUGACCAACACCCAGAAGAGAGAAUUUACAUUCUUUUAGAAUACAGCAGGAAAAUGAAGACCCGACUAAAAAUCAUAUUUGGUGUGGUUAUAUGCCUUUUGCUUUCCUUACUACUUAUGUGUAUUAUACUGCUUCCAUCAAAAGUUGUCAACACAAAUGACGAUACCAGAGCUCUUACACUGGAGGAUUAUUUGAAUGGAAACUUCCAAUAUAAAACCUUCUUUCCAUAUUGGGUGUCAGAUAAUGAAUAUCUUCAUCAGUCUGCAGAAGAUGAUCUUAUUCUUUACAAUGUUGAAAUGAACUACCCAACUACCAUCAUGACAAACAGCACCAUGAAACAAGUGAAUGCUUCAAAUUAUGUCUUAUCAUCAGACAAAUAUUUCAUAGCUCUGGAAAGCAAUUAUUCAAAGCUGUGGAGAUACUCUUAUACGGCAUCAUACCACAUUUAUGAUCUCAUUUAUGGUGGUUUUGUAACAGAAAAUCAGCUUCCACAUAAAAUUCAGUAUUUAUCCUGGUCACCCGUUGGACACAAAUUGGUUUAUGUAUAUAACAAUAAUAUCUAUUUGAAACAAAGUCCAGGAGAGGCACCAAUUCAAAUAACUAGUGAUGGAAAACAGAAUGAAAUUUUUAAUGGGAUCCCUGAUUGGGUCUAUGAAGAGGAAAUGCUAGGAACAAAAUAUGCACUAUGGUGGUCUCCAAGUGGAAAAUAUUUAGCAUACGUACAAUUUAAUGAUUCUGACAUACCAGUUAUUGAAUAUUCAUAUUUUGGUGAGGACCAAUAUCCUAGAAAAAUAAUUAUUCCAUAUCCAAAGGCUGGGGCUAAAAAUCCUACUGUUAAAGUAUUCAUUGUAGACACUAUCCAUGCUCAAGUAUUGGGUCCUAAGGAGGUUCCAGUUCCUGCAGUCAUAGCAUCCAGUGACCACUAUUUUACAUGGCUUACUUGGGUAACAGACAAUCGAAUCUGUGUUCAAUGGCUAAAGAGAAUCCAGAAUUAUUCAGUCUUAGCUAUUUGUGACUUCAAAGAAAAUUCAAAUACCUGGGAAUGUCCAGAGAAUCAACAGCACAUAGAAGAGAGUCAAACAGGAUGGGCGGGCAGAUUCUUUGUUUCUACACCAUAUUUUACAUCAGACAGCAGUUCAUACUACAAAAUUUUUAGUGACAAAAAUGGUUAUAAGCAUAUUCAUUACAUCAAUGAUUCUGUGGAGAAUGCAAUCCAAAUUACAAGUGGAGAAUGGGAGGCAAUAUACAUUUUCAGAGUAACAAAUGAUGCAAUUUUCUAUUCCAGCAAUGAAUUUGAAGGCUAUCCAGGAAGAAGAAAUAUUUACAAAAUCAAUAUUGGAAGUAAACCUGUGAGAAAACAAUGCAUUACUUGCAAUUUGAGGAAAGAGAGAUGCCAGUAUUAUACAGCAAGGUUCAGUGAACAUUCUAAGUAUUAUGCCUUGAUCUGUUAUGGUCCUGGGAUUCCCAUUUCCACUCUUUUUGAGAACUACGGUGACAGAGAGCUCAGAGUAUUGGAAGACAAUUGGGAAUUGCAGUCUGCUUUGCAAACGAUCAAACUGCCAAAAGAAGAAAUUAAUAAACUUGAAGUGGAUGGUAUAACUUUGUGGUACAAAAUGCUUCUACCCCCACAAUUUGAUAGAUCCAAGAAGUACCCUCUGCUUAUUCAGGUGUACGGAGGACCUUGCAGUCAAAAUGUAAAGGAAACAUUUAGCAUUAGCUGGAUAACCUAUCUUGCAAGCAAAGAGGGAAUUAUUGUUGCUCUAGUCGAUGGCAGAGGGACAGCUUAUCAAGGUGACAAGAUUUUGCAUGCAGUAUAUCGAAGAUUAGGAGUCUAUGAAGUUGAGGAUCAAAUCUCAGCAGUGAAGAAAUUUAUAGAAAUGGGUUUUAUCGAUGAGAAACGAAUAGCAAUAUGGGGCUGGUCCUACGGUGGGUACGUAACUUCUUUAGCACUUGGAUCUGGCAGUGGAGUAUUUAAAUGUGGAAUGGCUGUGGCUCCUGUUUCCAGCUGGGAAUAUUACGCAUCUAUCUACACAGAACGAUUUAUGGGUCUUCCUGUAGAGUCUGAUAACCUUGAACAUUACAAGAAUUCAACUGUGAUGGCAAGAGCAAAGAAUUUCCAAAACGUGGAGUAUCUUCUCAUCCAUGGAACAGCAGAUGAUAAUGUGCAUUUUCAGAACUCAGCACAAAUUGCAAAAGCUCUGGUUAACGCACAGGUGGACUUCCAGGCAAUGUGGUAUACUGACCAGAACCAUGGAAUUCCAGGCCUUUCCAGCAAACAUCUCUACACACAUAUGACUCACUUCCUCAAAAAAUGUUUUUCUUUGUCAGAAUAAAUAGGCUAUUCAGCAUGCAAAGGCUGGGAGAAUGCAAUGAUAACAUCUCUGGGAGAAUACAGUGAUAACAUGGCAAGUUAUGUCGUUUUCAGGUGAAAUGAUAACAGGAAUUUUGAAGUUUUAAACUUGGUGUUUACAUCCACUUUUGUUAUUAUAUGUUAGCAAAUGUUACACUAAUACAUGU